UCCUCCUCCCCCCCGCCGCCCCCGCCCCAACUUUUCUUCUUGCAUGAUUUCCCUCGCACGGAUUUGCCACUCGGAUGUUGUUUCCUCGGGAGCCGAGCUCGGAGCCACGUUGAACCAGCCUUUUCCUCCAGUGCUAUGACAGGCAAACUACUGGAGAAGCUGCCGGGGACCAUGAACACUUUGAUGAACCAAUUGCCUGACAAUCUGUACCCAGAGGAGAUCCCCAACUCUUUGAAUAUCUUCUCCAGCACCAGCGACUCGGUGGCUCACUACAACCAGAUGGCUGCAGAUAAUGUUAUGGACAUUGGCUUAGCGAACGAAAAGGCCGGUCAGGAAUUGUCCUCCUACUCGGGCACUUUUCAACCCGCCCCGGGCAACAAGACUGUCACCUACCUGGGGAAAUUCGCUUUUGACUCGCCCUCCAACUGGUGCCAGGACAACAUCAUCAGCCUGAUGAGCGCCGGCAUCCUGGGGGUGCCGCCGUCCUCGGGCGCGCUCACCAGCACGCAGAGCUCGGCGGGCAGCAUGGGGCCGCCGCAGGGCGAGGUGGACCAGAUGUACCCCGCGCUGCCGCCCUACUCCUCCUGCAGUGACCUCUACCCAGAGCCCGUCUCCUUCCACGACCCCCAGAGCAACCCCGGCCUCACCUACUCCCCCCAGGAUUACCAGGCGGCCAAGCCCGCCUUGGACAGCAACCUCUUCCCCAUGAUCCCAGACUAUAACCUCUACCACCACCCCAACGACAUGGGCACCAUCACGGAGCACAAACCCUUCCAGAGCUUGGACCCCAUCCGCGUCAACCCGCCCCCCAUCACCCCGCUGGAGACCAUCAAGGCCUUCAAGGACAAGCAGAUCCACCCGGGUUUCGGGGGGCUGCCGCAGCCGCCGCUCACGCUCAAGCCCAUCCGACCCCGCAAGUAUCCCAACCGGCCCAGCAAGACGCCGCUGCACGAGCGGCCCCACGCCUGCCCGGCCGAGGGCUGCGACCGCCGCUUCUCCCGCUCCGACGAGCUCACCCGUCACCUCCGCAUCCACACGGGCCACAAGCCCUUCCAGUGCCGCAUCUGCAUGCGGAGCUUCAGCCGCAGCGACCACCUCACCACCCACAUCCGCACCCACACCGGCGAGAAGCCCUUCGCCUGCGAGUUCUGCGGCCGCAAGUUCGCCCGCUCCGACGAGCGCAAGCGGCACGCCAAGAUCCACCUCAAGCAGAAGGAGAAGAAGGCCGAGAAGGGCUCGGGGGUGCAGCCCCCCGCCGCGCCCCCCGCCGCCACCGCCACCACCUCGCCGCCCGUCGCCCUCGCCCCCGCCGUCACCACGUGCGCUUGAGGGAUUGUGGGGGGCGGCGCGGUGGCACCCCUUCUCCUCCCCUUGCCCUCGGCACCGCUCCGGGGGGAACCCCACGGUGUUCAGGAUACCGGGCUUGCGCCGCGACGGGUCCGCUCUGCCCGCACCCGGAUUGAGCGGGUCCAGGCUGCCCGCACCUGGAUCCUGCCUGCACUUGGAUCGAUGGGACCCGCACCGCCCGCACCCGGAUUGCCCGGACUCUGCGCUGCCCGCGCUGGGAUUGCUCGCAGCACCCGGAUCCCGGCUGCCUGCUCCUGCACCUUCCACAUCCCGGCUGCUUCCACCUGCCCUGCCCGGGCCCGGGCCGCCCGCACUGCCCGGAUCCCGGCCGCCUGCUCCCGCACCUCCCGGAUCCCGCCCGGGGCCGGGCCGUCCGCACCCUCCUGGCCCGGCUCUCCCGGCUCCUGGAUUACUCGCACCGCCCGGAUCCCGGCUGGAUUGCCCCAUCCCGGCCCUCACCCGGCGCCUCCCGGCUCGGGGCUGCCCGGGCGGCCGAUCCCGGGGAUGCUCCCGGCUGACCCGGAUCCCGGGGCUCGGUCCGGGUGGCUGCUCCAGGAUCUGCCCCCACCCCGGUCCCGUCCUGCCCGGCUGCCCCGGGGCUGCGCGCUCCAGGAUCCGUGAGGGGAUGGAUGGAUGGAUAAAGGAUGGAUGGAUGGAUGGAUGGAUGGAUGGAUGGAUGGAUGGAUGGAUUGAUAAAGGAUGGAUGGAUGGAUUGAUAAAGGAUGGAUGGAUGGAUGGAUGGAUGGACGGAUGGAUGGAUUGAUAAAGGAUGGAUGGAUGGAUGGAUGGAUGGAUGGAUGGAUGGAUGGAUGGAUGGAUGGACGGAUAAAGGAUGGAUGGACGGAUUGAUAAAGGAUGGAUGGAUGGAUGGAUGGAUGGAUGGAUGGAUGGAUGGAUAAAGGAUGGAUGGAUGGAUGGAUGGAUGGAUGGAUGGAUGGAUGGAUGGAUGGAUGGAUUGAUGAUGGAUGGAUGGAUGGACAGAUGGAUGGAUGGAUGGAUGGAUGGAGCUCAUCUGGCUCCUCUCCUCGCUGGGCCUGGAGCUCCCGCUGCCCUCCCCAGCCCCGUGUCCCCCCCGUGUCCCCAAGCACCGGCUCCCCGUGCUGGAGGUAAGAGGGCUCAGCCCCCCAAGCCAGGCUGGGGGGGCGGGGGGCGGCUCUGCGGGUCCCCCCAACUCUGGGGAGCGAUGUUCCGGCAGCAGCUUUUGGGUUCGUUUUCUUAUUUUUGGUUUCUUUUCCUUUUUAUUAUUAUUUUUUUUCUUUGUUUUCAGCAGAAGGGAAAUUCUUUACAGAAAUACAGGGAAAAAAAAAAAAGCACCCCAGUAUUUUGCUGAAUACUUUUUAUAAUGUGAGAUAUUUUUAUUUUAUUUUAUUUGGUCACUUUAAAACAACCACCCAACUAUGGAGGAGAAAAAUCAAUUAGUCCUCUAUUUUAUUAUUAUUAUUUUUUUUUUCUUUCUCCUUCUGGUAUGUGCAUGUCAUUGCAUGACUGCUCUGAUUUUUUUCUUCUUUUGUUUUAAUAAAACUGUGCUCAGACAUUUAAGCUAAACUAAGCAAAAAUAAUAAUGACUUAAAAAGAAAAAAAAAUCUUUGUUGCCAAAAGGUCGUGCUAUCCAGGUUUGAUGUCUGCAUGUGAAAAAAAAACACAAAAAAACACAUUAAAAACGUACAAAAAAUAAAGAGAAGAGGAAGAAUGCAGUCUAAUUUAUGUGAACUGAAAGGAACAAAAAAAAAAAAAAAAAAAAACAAACCACAAUCAGGUUUAACCACACAAACCUAAGGGAAUGAUAUUUUUUGAAAGACUUUUGUAUAAAGUUGAGUACUUAGAGAAAAAAAAAAUCAUACCAGAUGUAAUAUAUUUUGUGGAUGUUUUUAUUUCUUGGAUUUAUAGUACCUUAUACUAAGGUUAAAAAAAAAAUUAUGCUUGAUAUUGUGAAAAGGUGAUAAUUUUCACACACAUUUCAUUUGCUCAUUUGUCAUGUUGUAAUGCAAAUAUGAUAGUUAAUGCAUACAGCAUUUUUAAGGGAAAAAAUCAGAAAUAUUGAACUGAUGUAUUGUUGUACCAUUUGCACUGUGAGCAAAUGCUAAUGCAGUAAAUAUAUUGUGUUUGCUGACAAUCAAAA